UAAAGGGGCUACAGCGUACAGUGCACAAGUUGCAUGACCAUAAUGUACUUUUACGGGUCCAAAGGGGCAUCACACCAAGUGCACAACAAAAAAAAACAUCGUUAUGUUGCAUAGGAAAGGGGGGUCGUUUUAUUGCUACGUGAUAUCGUAAAGCUUGGUAUUUGUAACUGUUUUGUUUAUAAAGGGUAAUCGUUUUUAUUAAUCAUGAACAAGUCAGAUCGAUCAUCCAGUGAACCGCCCCCCCACCCGCCACCAGCUGAAAAAGCAGGCAUCACGACAUUAUAUUUUAUGCAUAAAUCAACGAUUUUGUGUGUAUUCAUAACACUGAAAAUAUAUGUUGGGGGUAACCACCGAAAACACUUAAGGGAAUCAUUCGGAAACCUUGCUUUUGCUAUCCACGUUCAGGCCAGUCCACCAGGACAGCUGGGUCCUCUCGGACCUCCAGGACCCUCAGGAAUCCCUGGGUCUGAUGGUAUCGACGGAGAGAAAGGACUCCCAGGCCCCCCCGGCCCAGUAGGUGCCAAGGGGGAGCCAGGAGAGUCAGGGCGGGAUGGUGCCCCAGGAGAGAAUGGAAUUGAUGGGCUGAUUGGACCAAAGGGAGAACGAGGGCCAAUUGGGAACCCUGGCCCCAAGGGCCAGCCGGGGCCCGUAGGAAGACCUGGACCGCCGGGGCCUGGACUUCUCGGACUGCCUGGACUGCCUGGUCCAAUUGGUCUGCCAGGUGUAAUGGGAAAAGCAGGCAUCAAGGGCCUGAUGGGUCCACCCGGGUUUCCAGGAUUACCAGGACCCCCAGGCAAACCAGGCCGUCCAGGAAAGUUCACAGGAGAGGAAGGAAGUGCAGACUUCCAGUGUCCCACAAACUGUCCAGCAGGACUGAAGGGACCCCAGGGUCUUCAGGGAGUUAAGGGACAUAAGGGUCGUGCUGGGAUGCUGGGCGAUUCCGGGAGCAUCGGCAAGGAGGGAAUCAAGGGCGACGUGGGAAUCUCUGGAGAGCAAGGAAUCCCUGGACCUCCGGGUCCCAGGGGGCUCAGAGGUUACCCCGGAAUGGUUGGACCCAAAGGGGAACCGGGUCCUCAGGGAUACAAAGGCAUUGCAGGACCUAUUGGCAUUCCUGGUCUACCGGGUGAGGAAGGACCCCGGGGCCCACCAGGAAGUCCUGGUGAGAAGGGAGACUUGGGCGCUCGUGGUAUCAGGGGGCCGCAGGGUGUCGUUGGCAAAAAGGGGGAGCACGGUUUGCCUGGCAUUGAUGGGAAGGAUGGCACACCUGGCAUUCCUGGAAUGAAGGGAAGCCAAGGACAAGCUGGCAUGCCAGGACCUCCAGGCCCACAGGGGGCAGCGGGAUUGCCGGGCAGCCCAGGGCCUAAUGGAGGACUGGGGGCAAAGGGUGAACCUGGACCCCGGGGUUUGGUGGGAAUGACUGGCCCUCCCGGACCUCAGGGCGAGCCAGGCCGACCUGGAGAAGUAGGAAUGGAGGGUGUUCCUGGCCCAAAGGGGGACCGGGGCCAGAGAGGACCAGUGGGGCCUCAGGGAAUCGUCGGACAGCCUGGCAGUAAGGGAGAGAGAGGACCAAUGGGUGUCCCCGGACCUCAAGGCCUCUCUGGGACCAAGGGCGACAAGGGAUUCCAAGGAAAAGUUGGAAUGAAAGGAGAUUUUGGUGAUCCAGGUGUAGAGGGACUGGCGGGAGAGAAAGGAGAGAAGGGUUUGUCUGGAGAACCUGGACUGAAAGGACAGCAAGGAGUGAGGGGUGACCCCGGUCACAACGGCCCUACUGGAGACUCUGGCAAGCCUGGAGACAAGGGCCCCCAUGGGCUACCAGGGCCCCGGGGCCUCCAUGGAGAGCGAGGAGUGCCAGGCAUGCCAGGGAGGUCAGGAGUUCCCGGCCGGGACGCCACAGACCAGCACAUCGUUGAGGUCGUGCUGAAGAUGCUCCAGGAGCGACUGGCAGCGGUGGCUGUCAGUGCCAAGAGGGCAGUUCUCGGUGGAGCGGGUGUCAUGGGCCCCCCGGGGCCCCCUGGCCCCCCAGGACCCCCCGGUGCACAGGGACCACACGGACUCACAGGGUCUCGGGGCAUCCCUGGAAUCCUUGGUGCAUCUGGACAGAUCGGGAACACUGGCCAUAAAGGAAAGCGGGGUCCGAAAGGUGCGCAGGGAGACCCAGGUCGUCCUCACCCCGGCCAGCCCGGACCUCCUGGAAUCCCAGGUCCCCAGGGUGUUGACGGCGUGGCCCGCGAUGGCAGGCCUGGUGAGCGAGGCACCCAGGGCAUUGCGGGUGUAGCAGGGCGUCCCGGAAAGGUGGGCCCGCCGGGACUCCCCGGCUUCUGCGAGGCGGCAGCUUGCCUUGCGGCCUCAGCCUACACCUCCCCGCGUCUCCAGGAGGCGGGCACUAUCAAGGGGCCCUCAAAAUAAGCCCUCAGUGUUGGUGAGUCAGAGAAUGAGAGAGACCUAGAGAGACUGGUGCACACACACGCCUUCCCUUCUGUCGGCCAUCAUGGAGCGGUGGGAGGGGUCGUUCCUUUGUGAUUGAUGUUACACCCUCCAGUCUGAGUGGACGGCUACUUCCAUUCGAAACCAUCUAGUCUGUGAUUGGACAGUCUGCACCUUUAGUCACUUCGGAACCACCAAUCUCCCUGCUGCCACCUAUGCCCCUCCCCCUCUCCAGACACAGGAACAUCCCCAUUAACGUCCUUGACAUUGCUGUGAACAGCCCUGGACUGACAGAAGAGAGAUUAAAGGUGCUACACAUGUUUUUUUGCAUCUUCUGUUUCUCCCACAUCCUGGUAGCAUUAGAUUCAUCCAAUCCAUUUAAAAGCACAAACAUAAACAUAUUCCACAUAAAAAAAUGAACGUGUAUGAAACAAAAAUAACCAAUAAAAUGUUGUAGUUAGUACAUUAUAUGUAUUGUUAAUUACCUCAUGUGACAGCUUAAUUUCAAUGGUUUUCCUGUCUGUGCGGUUCAAAAUCUCACUUCAUUCAAGCAGUCUCCACACAAACCUUUACCGCUUCCUUUAACUGUCCAGCAGUGGUGGAAAUUUCAGGUCCGGAAAGUACAAAUCCAGGCCAAGAUAUUGUUCCAACUAACCAGUUGACUAUUAAGAGUCACAGUCAUAGAGUAACUUUUUUGCGUGGUUGGAACAAAAUCAUGGUCUGUAUUAUUACUUUCUGGACCUGAGAUUUCAAGUUCUGCUGUCCAGACAACUCAAUUCCCACGAUUCCAUGCUGUAAAUCUUUGUAAAUGUGUGUUUUCAUUAUAAUAGGAUGUUAUAAGAUCUAGUGUUUCAUCCUUCAUACCAUCAACGUGUAUGAUUGAAAAUAAGAAGGGAAUCUGGUUAUUUUCAUUAACAGAAAUCUAUUUAUUGUUUUGUUGGUUCAACUGUAAAGACUUAUAGUAUUUUGUCCUGGUUGUUUCAUGGAGCCAGAAUCAAUAAAGAGGAACCUUUUAUAAAAGUGAACGCUCUUCUCUAUCGCCUGCGAAUCAGAAAUUGAAUUGUCUCGUUUUGAAUCUGUGGCUUGAACUGAUUUUCUCCUCUUACCUUCCUCCCAUCUUGUCUGUGCAAUAAAGUGCUCUUUGCACCUCCAUAGUUGUUCACCGCUGGUGUGAUGUUUCUAACCACCGCAAACCAAUUUCACAGAGAUUACUUCUGUGCUGAGGGACUUCAGAAAAGACCUACUAGCAGCAACAUACAUCCAGAGGACCUGGGUGGUAUAAAAAAGACCGGCUCUUCGUUCUGUGGACAUCUAGUCAUGGAGGACUUUACUGGCAGGAGAUGCUGUUCUUAGUAAUUGGCAAAGCCUGUCACUCACUGAGCUGCAGAUGUCUGACGUCCCAUAUUAAACCAGUCACAUCAGCUAAAAUCCAGAGAAGAGAAACCUGAUCCUCCAUACCGACACAGCAGGCCAAGCAGAGGUAGCUUCAGCGCUACGAAAAUGCUGUCUGUGUGGCCGAGGUUUGACUCGUCAAAAAGCAGCGCCGCGUGCCGCGCUUGCCAAUUUCUUUUACAAUCGAUCAAGGCAGACUUAUAAAAUCACGGCUGGGAAAUAAAGUGGAAAGUCUGUAAAAGUGUUCAAUGUCGUUACUCAGCAGAAACGGAGUAACCUUACGCAGUGCCCAGAAACACGUUUUAUUCCUUGGUACAUAUCUAAGUGUGGGUGUCUGAGCCGGUGUUUGGGACAACAGCCGCUUUUACUACACAGACGCAAGGGGGAGAGGCAGUUACUGUGGUUGCUAUGGAAAUGGCCAGGUUUACUCAUGGCUCUUACUGAGAGAAUAUGUUCUUCAGAAUAAUGUGUCGUCCGUCAGUCACUUCAGGGACAUCUGGGAUAAAGGCAACCUGGUCAUCAUCCUAUCAGCGACGAGCAUGUCUAUGACACUCCUUACGUUCCCCGGCUGAAGCUGGCAGCAUAUCGGCUAACUUCCAAACUACCUGGCCAGAGGCGCCAUGAUUAAAGACCUGCUGGUAAGUAAACAGUCUAAAUCCCAGCAGUGGCGAAAACGUUUCUGUUCCUUUAAGCAGGAAACGUAUUGCAAAUUACAUCUGUAAACAUCCAGUUGCAGAUGAGAUUAAGUACAAAACAACAAAGAUUAAAGAAAGAUUUACA